AUGAUCUUAUGUCAAGUCUUCCCUACGUCCCUUAAGGGGGCGACAUUGACAUGGUACAGAGGACUCCCUCAUCAGUCUAUAGACAGCUUCGACACCCUUGUCGAAUGCUUCAAUUCUCAAUAUGCAACGAGCCAGUUACACUGCCUGACUUCUACUGCUAAGGCUAGUUUACAUCAGGUAGACGAUGAGCCACUUCGUAAGUUUAUUGACAAGUUUGGUCAAAUCGCUGUCCAGAUUAGGAAUCUCAAUCCUGAGGUGGUGUUACACUCCAUGCUGCUUGUCUUGCGACCUGGUAAGUUCAUCGACAGUCUGUGCAAGAAACCUCCCAACGGCAUGGACGAGUUAUGA